UUUGUAAGACUUGUAUUGUUCAACACUUUGAAGACAGCAAUGACUGUCCCAGGUGUGGCAACCAAGUGCAUGAGACCAAUCCACUAGAAAUGUUAAGGCUGGAUAACACCUUGGAGGAAAUUAUAUUUAAGCUGGUGCCUGGACUUCGAGAACAGGAACUGCAGCGAGAGAUCGAAUUUUGGAAGAAAAACAAACCUCAAGAAAAUGGACAAGGAGAUGAAAGCCCCAAAGCUGAUAAACCCAAAGUAGAUGAGGAGUGUGAUGAAAAUGAAGAAGAUAAAGAUUAUCACAGGAGUGACCCACAGAUUGCUAUCUGCCUCGACUGUUUACGCAACAAUGGGCAGUCAGGAGAUAAUGUAGUCAAAGGUUUAAUGAAGAAAUUUAUCCGUUGUUCGACUCGAGUGACCGUGGGAACUAUCAAAAAGUUUCUCAGCUUAAAAUUAAAACUUCCAAGUUCUUAUGAG